AUGCAAAGCAUCAAGUGCGUGGCUGUAGGAGACAAAGCAGCUGGCACAACCUGGCUCCUCGAUUCCUACACGAGGAACGAUUCCUCUCCGGAACACAUCCCGAGGGCGUAUGACGAUUACACGCCCACCGUGAUGAUCGCGGGCGUGCCUCACUUACUUCACCUCCACGAUACCGCGGAGCAAGCGGACUACGAUCAUCUGAGGCAUCUCAGCUAUCCUCAGACGGAUGUCUUCUUGGUGUGUUUUUCCGUCGCGUCUCCGUCGUCCUUCGAGAGCGUGAGGGAGAGGUGGGUUCCCGAUGUGACCCAUCACUGUCCGAAGACACCUUUCCUCUUGGUCGGCACGAAGAUCGAUCUGCGAGAUGAUGCGGCCACACUCGAGGAGCUGGCCGAGAACGAGCAGAAGCCCAUCACCGUGAAACAGGGCGACAAGUUGGCGAAGAAGCUGAAAGCCGUUAAAUAUGUGGAAUGUUCGGCCCUCACACGGGAAGGGCUCAAGAAUGUGUUCGAUGAAGCCAUACUUGUAGCCUUGAGAUCGAAAGAACCAGCAAAAAUAAGGAAAUGCGAACUGCUCUAG